CCGGCGGGUGGGUGGUGCCAGCGGUCCCUUUACAGCUAGCGCGGCUUCUGUGAGGAAAACAGACGUUAAUAAACCUUCGGUUGGUCUGGCUGCUACCAACAUGAGCGGCCUGGAUGGGGUCGAGAGGACCCUUCUCCUCCAGGCCUGCAGCUCCACUACUCCUGACCAGGCCCCAGGAGACCCCGACCCACACCCGAGCCUGAAGCUCCGCGAUGACACCAAGGCGUCACAGGUGAUGGCGGAGACGGGUGAGGGAGGCUUGGAGGUGGUCGUACUCCCACAGCCCCAGCUUUCAGAGGACGGCGGACCCUUCCACGAUCCCGCGGGCUGUGCCCAUAGUCCCCAGAUCCGAGUCGGUGGGGAUCGCGGUGACGGAGUGGCUGAAGCGGGGCUAGACGAGGCUCCGCCUCCCUCCAGAGGCCUGGGAGCCGAGUCUGUGUCCAUGGCAACGGACGGCGGCUUUAACAAUGGCUGUCAGCUUGGUGAGCUGCGCGGCCCAGGCGCGGAGAAGGCCUUAGAAACUUGUGGCGCAGAGAGGUCGGGGUCCGAGGUGGUGGCAGAGGCUGAGGCCGAAGAAGUGAACACUGAAGUGAACACCAUCUUCUCAGUAGCAGUGGAUAAUGAGGUGAUGGAAAAGGAAGGAGUGAAGGAAGAGAAAGUAGUGGAGCAGGAGAUGGAGGUAGAGAAGACAGUAGGUGAAGAAAUAAAAAUGGCGGAGGAAAACGGAAUGGUAGAGGAGGUGAAGGAGGAGGCAGGGCCCCAGCCCCUGAAUGUGAAUCUCCGCAUGAACCCCCUGGAGGCCAUCCAGCUGGAACUGGACACUGUGAAUGCUCAGGCUGACAGGGCCUUUCAACAACUGGAACAUAAGUUUGGACGGAUGCGUCGACACUACCUGGAGCGGAGGAACUACAUCAUUCAGAAUAUCCCGGGCUUCUGGGUCACUGCCUUUCGGAACCAUCCCCAGCUGUCCCCCAUGAUUAGGGGCCAAGAUGCAGAGAUGUUAAGAUACAUAACCAAUUUGGAAGUGAAGGAAUUCAGACACCCGAGAACUGGCUGCAAGUUCAAGUUCUUCUUUCGAAGAAACCCCUACUUCAGAAACAAGCUUAUUGUCAAGGAGUAUGAAGUCAGAGCCUCUGGCCGAGUGGUGUCUCUUUCCACUCCAAUCAUAUGGCGUAGGGGCUAUGAACCCCAGUCCUUCAUUCGCAGGAACCAAGACGUUGUCUGCAGUUUCUUUACCUGGUUUUCAGACCACAGCGUUCCAGAGUCUGAUAGGAUUGCCGAGAUUAUCAAAGAGGAUCUGUGGCCAAAUCCACUGCAAUAUUACCUGCUUCGUGAAGGAGCCCGUAGAGCCAGACGUCGCCCAAUAAGGGAGCCAGUGGAGAUCCCUAGACCCUUUGGGUUCCAGUCUGGUUAAACUUUUCCUUGGGACUACCCCUGCAGAAAUCCCCUAAGACCUCUUGCUGGACCUGUGCUUGGGCAACAGAAAUGGGUAUGCCUUCUACUUUUUUGUUUUCCUGACAUUUCCACAACAUUUUUUUCUCUGGACGUUUAGUUCUCUCAGUCUCAAAGCUGAGACCUUCAUGGCCGUGCUUCUCACUCUGCACAGCCUGGCUUCUCCACUUCUAUACAACCUUCAUGCUGUUCUGCCUUAGUGUAACAUGCUGCAUGACCAUGAAUUUACUAAUAAGCCAAGUAAAUGAUGCUCUAAAUAGCACCGCCUUUAUCUGCACUGCUUGGACCCUGUUUGUUUCCAGGACCGCUGGUCUGGCUCUUACCACUUGGAAUUGUAGCUUUUUCUAGGAGUGCAUUCUACCCUUAUGCUCUGCAGUGCAGGCAUAUAGCCUGUGGACAUUUGCAGGACAUUAAUGAUAUAUCAAGGGAGAGCAGCAGUGGGCCACUUGGUCUUUGUGACUUAUGUGACUUCAUUGCUCCCCUUGCACCUCUGCUCACCACCUAUUGUUGCCUGCUUCUGGCUGUGCCCACCCCUCUUAGCUGCUGCCUACUGGAUGAACAUCUUUCCCAGAUCAUUGUCAGCCAGAUAUUUGGUAAACCAGAAUCCCCAGAACUGGUGGUGCACCCGUUUCCUUCUAGCAAAAGAUUCCUUUCCCGCCCGUUCAUUCCUCUACCCAAAAGACAUCUCAAAUCCUCACCCCUUCUUUGCUGGACCCCUAUCAUCUAGGAACCCUACUGUCAGGCAAACGGUUGAGGUGACAGGUUAGACCUUGUCCUCAUGACAAGAGUAAGGAUGGUGUUCAGGCUUUCUCAACCUCAACUAGUGAAUUCACACAAAACAUAGCUACCCGUUUGUACCUCCUUUUCUUAUCCUGUACAUGAUUGUCAAGAUAACAGUACACUUUCUGUGUGUCACUUAUCUCAAAAUAAAAAUAAAAAUAAAGAUGGCUUAGAAACAUCUGCAAAAGCAGACCUUUUAGUUUAAUUUAGCUCUCUCCAUGAUUUCCAGGGACAGCUUGUCUUGUAAAGUAGAGUGCCAGAACUCUUUAUUUCCCUCUGCUUUCUUCCCCACCCCCCAACACCUGGAAGAUUUAAGGGAGACAGAUCUAGAUUUAAGGGAGACAGAUCUAGAUGGAAUUGGAAGUGUUAUCUAGUUCAUAAUGGGUACAAGAACUAAAGAGACUGUGAUGGGUGCCCUAGGCAGGGGAUACUGAACAAAAGACCAGGCAAAAAUAAGCCAGGUAAAAAUCAGGCCUAAAAUUAAGACUGGCUGACAGAGUGUUAAAGAAAAGUUUUGUGUUGUUUUUUCUUUCCCCCUAUGUUAGUGGUGAUGAGAGGAGAAAUACUUUUUCUUAGAAUACUUUUUCCAUGGUAGAAUUGAAGGAGAAUGGAGUGUUAAAUUGUUGCCUAGGGAAGAGUUCUUUAAAGAAAAAAACAACUUUAGAUGCUUUCUCUCUUGUUUUCAUUUGAUUUAAUUUAUGUAGAAGAUAAAUAUUGUGGCCUUCAUCUAACUAGUAUUUAGUAAAAUCCUGUUAUUUUCUGUGUUUCUGCUUACUGGGAAAAUUAAGCUGUAUAGGCUUUCUUUUCUUUCAUUUUGCACCAUUUAGUAAAAUAACAGUCUUACUUUCCAGUACGACAUAGAGACUUAAAUCAAUACUCAUAAUGGUUUUCAACUUUUUUCUGUGAAAACAGCAUUUUUAGAAAUAGAAAUAACUUGAACAUGUCAGAUUCUCAAGACUUUGGAAAUUGUUAUCUUCAUGUUAAAAUAACCUGCAAAAAAUAGUGGCUUGUCUUGAUAAUUGCCCUGGUAACAACUUAGUAAUUGUUGUCUCUUUUCCUAAAUAGCUUAAAUACUUGGGAGAUUGCUCUUGUCAAUUUGGAAGUGUACCACUGGCAUAUUUAUCUUUCUAUGUAUGCAUGAUGGUAAAAUAAAACCAUGUUUUUCUGUGAAAGGUCUUAUUUUUCACCCUGCUAACAAACAUGCUUGAAAUUAUUCAAGGUAACAGACUAUGGAGUUUAAUAAAGUUCUUAAAUGGAUACAAUGGCAUUUUCUCAAAAGCAGAAUAAAAUAGGGCACACUACCUUAUCUUGCAAGGUAGGAAGUGAUGUUGCUUUUGUUUGCUUUAAAAUGUCCACGAUUGGA